AUGUUUCUGUGGUUGGUGGUGUGGCAAGCGUUCGCAAUCGUGCGUGUGGCGAGCGGAAUGUUGGACGUUAGACUGUUAAACCCGCGAUAUCCUGGAUCACAGUUGGAGUGUUACGACUAUCCCCCUGCAAUGCCACUUCGAUCCUUUGACACUGGCUGGCACAUUCCGAAGAAAUUAGCGUCGAUUCUGGACAUAACCACCCCGAGAUAUUGGCCUAGCACAACACAAGGCUUCAACGAGAUAUCCAGGCGAAUAGAUUUACUUUGGAACCGAGACGAUAUCGUCAAAGAACACGCUAAAUUGGUUCAAGACAUAAAUAGUCUCAAACAAGUCAUGUACGUCGCGCCAGUAGCAGAAGAGAGAGAUUAUGAAGAUAGCGUUUUUCCUGAUAUAAUAGAAACAUUUUCGUCCACAACCACCCGACCAACAACUACAAGAAGUAGACCAUCUAAGACAGGCUUCCCGGUCUUGUUACUAGGUGGUGGGAGCCGUAGACACUCAACCAAAAGUCAACCGCCGAAGGUACCUAAGAAAACCAUAAGCCUAGUUGGGACAUCAUCUCCCAUAGUAAGGCAUCCAUACCCUUUUGUGAUGGCAGCGUCGUCUCAUCAGCCUGUUAGAAUCUGCAUGUCGUCACCGCUUACGUAUUCAACCACCACACGUCGCCCAAGCCUAUGGGAGCGUUUAGUUAGAGCAAUAAUACCUAGAUAAAAGUCAGUUAAUUAGUUUAUAGUCGUAGAUCGGGCUCGGCGUAAUCUCCCGAGUGUUAUUGUACGUAGGUGAUUUAUUAUUGUAAACAGUUUUCUCAUUGUUUUUGUCGCUGCACGGAAAGCGAGAGUACACUCGCUCAUGCAUAUUUUGUAAAGGCUUGUACACAGCGGCUGUAACUAUCUAUUUAUUAAGAUGAAU